CCUAACAAGCUAUGGCGGCAAUACACUUUACCAGAUUACCAGGUGUGAACAAAUGACUAUUUCGCGCCCUUUCAGAAAAUGACAUGAAUGAUGAUAACAACAAUAGUAAUUUGAAAUCUUGAUUUUGGAAAUAGGUCUCAUAUUUGAAUCUGAGUAGGAAAAUUAAUAUCCCAUGAAUUCAGAGAUUACUAAGCAAACAGAAACUCUCUGCAAAAAGUAACCAACCUCUUCCAACUUUUCUCAAUGGAUGAUGCUGUAAGAUUGCUCCUCAUAUAUUUCCAUUUGUCCAUGAUUUCCUUCAACCUGGCUCAAGAUGUAGGCCAAUUUGUCUAUAAUGGCUUCCUGGGAGCCAAACUCCAUCUUGAUGGAAUUGCAAAAAUCCAUCCUAAUGGUCUGUUGCAGCUAACCAACACUUCAAAGCAGAAAAUGGGUCAUGCCUUCUAUCAAUUCCCUCUGAAAUUCAGCCCAAAUUCAUCCAGUCCAGCUGAAUCUCUGUCAUUUUCCGCUAUCUUUGUGUUUGCCAUGGUUCCUGAGCUGCAAAAUCUUAGCGGCCAUGGCAUAGCAUUCACGAUUUCACCAUCCUUGGAUUUCAGCCAAGCUGUAGCAAGUCAGUAUUUGGGACUCCUCAAUACUUCAAACAAUGGUCUUUCUACCAACCACAUGUUGGCAGUUGAACUUGAUACCAUUCGUAGCCCUGAUGUCCAAGAUAUAGAUGAAAACCAUGUGGGAAUUGAUGUGAACAGCCUGAAGUCUAUUGAUUCAGCUUCAGCUACUUAUUUUUCCAAUCCAGAAGGGAUAAACAGAAGCUUGAAUCUCAUUAGUGGAGAUCCCAUACAGGUAUGGAUAGACUAUGAUGAAGCAGAAACAUUGCUCAAUGUAUCUCUCGCUCCAAUUAGUAGCCCAAAACCAAACCAGCUGCUCUUGUCAACACCCAUCAAUCUUUCUGAAAUUCUUCUGGAAUCUAUGUAUGUUGGUUUUUCUGCAGCAACUGGAACACUUGCAAGUGACCAUUAUAUUCUUGGAUGGAGUUUCAACAAAGCUGGAAAAGCACUAAACCUUGAUAUUUCAAAGCUUCCUUCGCUUCCUCCACGUAGGAAAGCAGAAAAGAAACCGGGAGUGAUGAUUAUAGUUAUACUUGCAACAGUAAUAGCUGUUCUUAUAACAAUAACUGUAGGUAUUUACAUUGUAAGGAGGAAGAAAUAUGAGGAAAUACGUGAAGAUUGGGAAAGGGAAUAUGGCCCUCAAAGAUUCUCCUAUAAGAAUCUCUACAAAGCAACCAAAGGCUUUAAAGACAAGGAGCUACUUGGAGCAGGAGGUUUUGGAAAGGUUUAUAAAGGAGUACUCCCUUCUUCAAAUUUACAAGUUGCAGUGAAGAAAGUCUCACAUGAUUCAAAACAAGGGAUGAAGGAAUUUGUUGCUGAGAUUGUCAGCAUUGGAAGGCUGAGGCACAGGAACCUGGUGCAACUCCUUGGCUACUGCAGGCGACAGGGGGAGCUUCUGUUGGUCUAUGAUUACAUGCCUAAUGGAAGCCUUGACAAGUUUUUGUUUACCAACGAAAAACCAGUCCUCAAUUGGUCUCAAAGAUUUCAAAUCCUCAAAGGAGUUGCGUCUGGCCUUCUUUACCUCCAUGAGGAGUGGGAACAAGUUGUUCUACAUAGGGACAUAAAGGCUAGUAAUGUUCUAUUAGAUAGUAGUUUAAAUGGACGACUUGGAGACUUUGGCCUUGCUAGACUAUACAAUCAUGGUUCCAAUCCUCAAACCACCCAUGUGGUUGGGACUGUGGGUUAUUUGGCUCCAGAGCUUGCUCGAUUUGGAAAAGCAACCACCAGUACCGAUGUGUUUGCUUUUGGGGCUUUUCUGCUUGAGGUGGCUUGUGGUAGAAGGCCAAUAGGACUUCCUGAAGAGGUAGUUUUAGUAGAUUGGGUCAUUGAGUACUGGAAAAGAGGGGCUAUUAUUGAUGCCAGUGAUCCUAGGUUGGAAGGAAAUUAUGUGAUAGAGGAAAUGGAGUUGGUUUUGAAACUAGGACUCCUCUGUUCACACUCUGUGCCAACAAUAAGACCUAGCAUGAGGCAAGUGAUGCAGUAUUUGGAUGGUGAUGCUACUUUGCCAGAUGUAUCACUAGAAAGUGCUGCUAUUGGUACAUUCAUAACACCUAAUGAAGCAUCUGAUUUUGUAAUGUCAUUUCCUUCCUCUGUUGGGAAGGGAUCUGGGCGUUCCAUCUCUAGCGUUGAUUCAAUCCUCACAGGAGGUCGUUAAACCAGUGAUAUGUCAUAAUAUGAGUAGGCUACAUUCGCUUUGGACAAAUUAAACAGUGGCAAACAAAACUUACAGAAAAAACAUGAUGGAGAAUAGAGGGGAAGAAUCUUUGGAAGAAUAUAAUGUACACAGUUCCGAUCAUGUAAGUUUCUGUAACUGACAUGAUAGUCUACUUAGCUUUGUGUUAUUAUGGAUGGUUAAUCUGGUUUUGUGGGUGUCUAUGGAACAGUUAUGAUGUAUGUCAUUUUGCCAGUUUAAGAAAGAGGAAAAUCUCACAACCACUAAUCAGAUUGUUAGGAUUAAGGCGCAGUUUAUCAAAAUGUAGCUGCCUGAUGGUUCAUUUACACACUGCUAUAGUGAUGAGGCACAAGAAAGGAGAUUGUGAUACUGUACAAUUUGUUGCUUUAGAACUUGUUGUUUCAAAAUUAGUAAUUUUGAUCCUUGUGAUUGUUAA